GAAAAAGCUGGACUCUUCUCAGAGCCUCGAGGUGAAGAUUGUGGAACUGACUAAUGAGGCCGGUCUAGACAUGCAAAGAGAGAGUGAACGUCUAGUCCGACUUUCCGAGGCAUUGGCCGCCAGACUGUGCCAGAUCAACGCGGCAUUUGAAGAGAUGGUUGAGCAUCGAGCUGAGCUUGACCGACUACAGACACUGGCUGAUCGGCUGAGUGGAGAGGUGAAGGUGGCUAACCGUCUUUUGGAGACAGCCAGACAUGGCCGGAAUGCUGCUGAGCAGAACAAAGAGCUUUUUCGCCUUGAAGGUGUUGAGGACCAAUUGCGACAGGCCGAGGUUGAGCUGCGCGAAGUUCAAACCGAAUUGGACCUGUUCAAACGUAGGAUAAAGGAGAGGUUAGUGACACCAAAAUCUUUUUUGCAAAAUUAUUAA